UAGCACAGUAUGUAAUGGCGCUUUAACUUGUUUGUAUCUGAUAGUUUAAAACUACACAACAACAUGAAACGAUAGAUAGAUAGAGAUCGCAUUCAGGCGCCUAAAUGCAGCUAUUUAUUCGACAUAUUCCAUCCGCAUGUACGCUUUCAUUAUUGAUUAACUUUUGUAAACGUUUUAGCUUCACAGACUGCAAGUCAUGGACACGAAGAAACAACUGUGCCCGAGUGCUAGAUAUAACCCGACUUUCCUGUAAAAAUAAGCAGUUGCUCGAUCGUCCAAUUGGAGCGGGAGGUGUUUUCUGCGGCUCAAGUUUACACGCUUUUGAUGGCCGCCUAAUGGAAGAAUGGUUUAAACGAUGAACUGAAAGAAUUUGCCAUCAAAAAUGACGUCUUUCAUUGUGGCAGCGAAACGCUGCGCUUUAUCAGCUGGAGCCAUUAGAAAUGUUCUUCGUCCCUUCCUAUGCAAUUUCUAUUACACCCACAAAGGAGUCUAUGGGUACAAACCCUGGGCAACGAGGAACAACGAGCCUGGCGUAACUGGAAGUCUUUUGGAGAAUGUCCCCAGAAAGCAAGAUCCUCAACUGGAGCUGCUCUUAGCAACAUAUCGAGCACAUGGACACAAAGCUGCAAAGAUAAACCCCUUGUUCGGCGGCCAAGCUGUGAUGGACAUGGUGCCAGAGAUCCACCUCCUAAAGCAAACAUUGCAUGGACCUUUUAAUACAAGCGGUCUACCACAUUUUGGAAAAAAUGAAGCUUCUUUGGAGGAUGUAUUAGGGUACUUGGAUCAUGUAUACUGUGGUCAUAUCUCCAUUGAGACAAGCCAGCUGCAGACAGUUGAGGAGAGGGAGUGGUUCUUUCAGCGGUUUGAAGAACUGAAGAAGGAAACAUUCUCCCCAGAGGAAAGAAGACAUCUGGCCAAAUUAAUGCUGGAGUCACAGGGGUUUGACCACUUUUUGGCCACAAAGUUUGCUACUGUGAAACGGUAUGGUGGUGAAGGUGCAGAGAGCAUGAUGGGCUUUUUCUAUGAGCUUUUCCGCCAGUCUGCCUACAGUGGUCUGACAGAUGUAAUCAUGGGUAUGCCCCACAGAGGACGACUUAAUCUUUUGACAGGUCUUCUUCAGUUUCCUCCAGAGCUGAUGUUCCGUAAAAUGAGAGGACUUAGUGAGUUUCCAGAGACCUCUCCUGCAAUUGGAGAUGUGCUGUCCCACCUGACAUCUUCAGUUGAUCUGGAUUUUGGUGUUGGGCAGCCUCUUCAUGUGACCAUGCUGCCAAACCCUUCUCAUUUAGAAGCAAUUAACCCAGUGACUGUAGGGAAAACCCGAGGGAGACAGCAGUCUAAGCAAGAAGGAGACUAUUCACUUGACAGUUCUGCUCGGCCUGGGGAUAAAGUCCUAUGUCUCCAGGUCCAUGGUGAUGCUUCAUUCUCAGGACAAGGAAUUGUUCCAGAAACGUUCACACUUUCAAAUCUCCCUCAUUUUAGAGUUGGUGGUAGUAUACAUCUCAUUGUGAAUAACCAAUUGGGCUAUACAACGCCAGCAGAGAGAGGACGAUCUUCACUUUACUGCAGUGAUGUUGGUAAGAUGGUUGGAUGUGCUGUGAUCCAUGUAAAUGGAGAUGAUGCAGAAGAGGUCCUUCGGGCCACCCGCUUAGCUUUAGAAUAUCAACGUCAGUUCCGUAAAGAUGUGAUUGUUGACCUACUCUGCUACCGUCAAUGGGGCCACAAUGAAUUGGAUGAACCCUUUAUUACAAACCCCACUAUGUAUAAAAUUAUUAGAUCCCGAAAAAGUAUUCCUGAUUUUUAUGCAGAAAAUCUGGUUUCAGAGGGUCUUAUGACUGAGAAGGAGGUUGCGGAAAUAAAGAGCUCUCACUUCUCCAAAAUGAAUGAGCACUUGUCAAACAUGACCCUCUAUAGCCCUCCUCCCAUGAAUCUUCAGGCCCAUUGGAGUGAGUUAGUGGAACCUCAAGCCAAAAUUACAACUUGGGAUACAGGAAUUUCUAUAGACCUUCUUCAGUUUGUUGGGGCCAAAUCUGUCGCAAUCCCUGAGGAAAUCCAGCUUCACAGUCAUUUGAAGAAGACCCAUGUCCAAGGCAGGAUUCAGAAACUAGAAGAAGGGACUCGAAUAGAUUGGUCUACUGCUGAAGCAAUGGCGUUUGGCUCCCUUCUUUGUCAAGGAUUUAAUAUACGCAUCAGUGGACAAGAUGUUGGGCGGGGAACAUUUAGCCAGCGUCAUGCAAUGGUGGUCUGUCAGGAAACCGAUGACGUACACAUCCCUCUGAAUAACUUGGUAACUGACCAAAAGUCCUUCUUGGAGGUAUGCAACAGUCCUUUGUCCGAAGAAGCAGUAUUAGGCUUUGAGUAUGGAAUGAGCAUUGAAAGUCCUACCCUUUUGCCAAUAUGGGAGGCUCAAUUUGGAGAUUUUUUUAAUGGAGCCCAGAUUAUUUUUGACACCUUUAUCUCAGGAGGAGAAGCUAAGUGGCUCCUUCAGAGUGGAAUUGUUAUUCUCUUACCCCAUGGUUAUGAUGGCGCUGGACCAGAGCACUCUUCAUGUCACAUAGAGAGGUUUCUGCAGCUUUGUGACAGCCAAGAACAAGGUGUGGAUGGAGACAAUGUGAAUAUGUCCAUGGUGCACCCUACCACUCCAGCCCAAUAUUUUCAUCUUCUGCGGCGACAAAUGAUUCGGAAUUUUCGGAAACCCUUAAUUGUUGCCUCCCCAAAAAUGCUACUUCGAUUUCCGGGUGCUGUGUCAUCUUUACAAGAUAUGGCUCCUGGAACAUAUUUUCAGCCAGUAAUAGGUGACCCAUCUGUGGAUCCCAAAAAUGUGAAUCGAGUGGUUUUUUGCUCUGGAAAACAUUACUAUGCUCUGUUGAAACAGCGAGAGGUGUCGGGGAAUGCUCAGCAUAACACUGCCCUGAUCCGCCUGGAAGAGCUCUGUCCAUUUCCCUUGGAGUUCCUACAGCAAGAAAUGGGCAAAUACAAAAGUGCUAAAGAUUUUAUAUGGAGCCAGGAAGAACCUCAAAACAUGGGGCCUUGGACAUUUGUAGCACCUAGGUUUGAAAAACAGUUAGCGUGCAAGUUGAGACUUGUAAGUAGGCCACCCCUUCCAGCACCUGCUGUCGGUAUUGGAACACUUCACCAGCAACAACAAGAAGAUAUCCUCACCAAAACGUUUGCAUAGGCAGACAGUUGAGGAGGAUCAGAAGUAUCAGACUCUUCUUGCAAGGCUGAGGUGUAACUCAGUUUAGCAUUCUAAGCCAAGAACUUUUUCAAGGGGAUAGAUUUUAAAGGUUUUAAAAUGCUAUUGCUGUAUUUGGAAUAUGACUUCAUUGUAAAUAGGAUGUUUUAAACAUCAGAUUCCUACCUGUCAUAGAUUAAAAUGUCUUCCUGAAGGGAACUGCUUUAACAUAUGAUACCAAUGUGUUUAAGUGUAGCUUGUGUUAUGGCCUCACUGACUGAAAAGCUGAAAAUUGAAAUGCAUUUGAUCCAAAGAAUGUAAUUUGAAUAAAUAUGUCUUGUUACAGUCAAUAUAAAUACUGCAAUACCUUCUGCAGGUUGAACUCUGCAUACAGUAGGUUUGCAUUUUUUCUUAAUAUGUACAUUGAAUUGUGUAAAAUAAGGAUGAGUUAAAUGUCUCAAGGAGUCAUUUCUCUACUUUCAGUAAUUCAGAUGAGUUCUAUCACCUUGAGGGUGUAGAACUGUAAAAAGUGACUUUUGCAAUCAAAGUAUGGCUUAAUGUCUCUUUCUCUUGAAAUGUUGUUAUCCACAAAUGAUUACUGUUAAAUUUUUUUUAAGAAUCUUCGGAAAGGGUGGCACAGUGGUAGUGCUGCUGCCUCGCAGUAAGAACAUCUGGGUUCGCUUCCCGGGUCCUCCCUGCGUGGAGUUUGCAUGUUCUCCCUGUGUCUGCAGGUUAGGUGCAAUGGUGAUCCUAAAUUGUCCCUAGUGUGUGCUUGGUGUGUGUGUGUGUGUGUGCCUUGCGGUGGGCUGGUGCCUUGCCCGGGGUUUGUUUCCUGCCUUGUGCCCUGGGAUUGGCUCCAGUAGACCCCCAUGACCCUGUAGUUAGGAUAUAGCGGGUUGGAUAAUGGAUAUAUAUUGGAUAAUGGAUGGAUGGGUGAAUCUUCAGAAAAGGUAUUGCCAGUUUCUUUAAAAUUUUGUAUCUAUUAGUUAAGUUUAUUGUCACAUAGAGCAGUGUUUUUUUAACCUUUCUGGUGUUGCAACCCGCGUAAACAAAUAAAGUGAUAUGAACUUACUGGAAUCCUUUCCAGUGAAAGUUCCUGCGUUGCUCUUGAUGCUGCCUGAGUAGGCCUCAACCCCCAUGGAAACUGAACUGGAAAAAGUGGGUUCAGAUAGUGGAUGAAUUUUAAGAGUGAUCAAACAUACUGUUUUGGGCUCCACUAAAGCGAAAGCCGUAUUUACUGGACUGAGAAUCCAUCUAUACAUACUGAAUGAAACUUUCAAUGGGUGGGAUAGUAUUAUACAUUUGGUACAUAGAUGAUAUUACUGUUACCCAAAGUGGAAAUGUUUAAUGAAGUUUAUUUUAACUAAUUAAAUGUUUAAAUUGUUGUCCUUAAAUAUUCAAGUGUUUCGUGAACCAGAUUUCACAGGGUAAUGUUCAUUACAUUUACCAAAAUUAAUUUAUUCAUAAGGGGGAAAUUAAAAAAAAAAAAAGUCAGAUGUCCUGUAGAAAGAAAUUGAAGUAAAUCUGAAUCAGGUGAAAUUUAGUUUAGUCUAAAUUAUCCUAAAUGAUCAUUGAUAGUAUUGUAGAUAUACUGGCAAUUAUUGUAUCUUAAUGAAUACCAGAAAAAUAAAAUUUUCAAAAUUGAGGAAUUGUAUGUUUGCCUUACUGUGGGUUAAACAAACAUUAUUCAGAAUUACAUUUGUAAUAUUUUUGUUGAAUUCCUGCACAUGGAAAUUUGUUUCAAAUAAUCCUUUUGUUCUGUUUUGUCCUUCUGUUCAGUAAAAUUAUUUUAUUUAGAUGUGUAAUAUAAUGAGAAUGAGAAAAUGUUUGUAAGAAAAUUGAAAACUCCAAAAAGUGAAGGUAUAUGGAUAAAAAAAUAAGAAACACCCAAAACACACAUCUAGCACAGUAAGAAACAUGCUAAAACACUUGAAUUAAAUACAUUUAUUAAAGAAGAUACAACUGAGUAAUUUCA